GACUGCACACGAUCCGGCGGGCUUUUGCGUCCUUUUCUGAAGCAUUGGCCUUGAACAGUCGCAGCAGUAGAAGCAGCAGGUAGCCCCGGCUUUGCAUGAGCUGCGCCCCGAUUCAACACUGUCAGUGGCUUCUCCCAUCAUGGCCGAGGUGGACGUGCCCACCUUUGGCGCAGAGCUAAAGGAUGGCUUCAAGGCGGCCAACGCCUGGGUCAGCAACGGCAUUUCCUGGCUCGACGAGAUCCAGCAGUUCUACCGCGAUCGCGCCGCCAUCGAAAAGGAAUACAGCGCAAAGCUCGAUGCGCUGGCCAAGAAGUACUUUGAGAAGAAGAAUAGGAAGAUCUCUCAGCUGAGCGUUGGCGACAACCCGACCAUGACCCCCGGCUCGCUUGAGAGCGCUUCCCUGACGACCUGGUCCACCCAGCUUACGACGCUCGAGUCUCGCGCCUCCGAACACGAUCGCUAUGCGAACAACCUCCUAUCUCAAGUCGCCGAGCCGCUCAAGUUCUACAACAACCGCUUCGAUGAACUGCGCAAGCGCCAUGCCGACUAUGCCGACAAGCUCGAAGCCAGCCGCGACGCCUGCUAUGCCGAUUUGCGCAAAAUAAAGACAAAGUACGACGGCACAUGCCAAGACCUCGAGAGCAAGCGCAAGAAGACCGAGUCGCACUACGACAAGGCCAAGGCACAGAGCGCCUACCAGCAGCAGCUUUUCGACAUGAACAAUGCCAAAAACACCUACCUCAUCGCCAUCAAUGUCGCCAACAAGCAAAAGGAAAAGUACUACCACGAAUACGUCCCCGAGGUCAUGGACAGCUUGCAGGACCUGAGCGAGUUCCGGACGCUCAAGCUCAACUUUCUGUGGGACGUGGCGACUCGUUUAGAGGGCACCAUGCUUCAACAGAGCAACGGCAUGAUCGAGCACCAAGGCAAGGAGAUCCAGAGGAAUCUGCCUCACCUGGACUCCAUGAUGUACAUGCGCCACAACAUGGGCGCCUUCCAAGAGCCUGCUGACAAGAUCUUUGAGCCCAGCCCCGUCUGGCACGACGACGACCUCAUGAUUGUGGACGAGACAGCCAAGAUCUACCUGCGUAACGUACUAACCAAGUCCAAGGCUCAGUUGGCGGAACUCCGGAGAGAGGUUGACAAGAAGCGCAAAGAGGUGGACUCUGUGAAGCGGCUCAAGGAACGAGUUCGAGAAGGAAAGGAAAAGAAGGAUGAGGUCGAAGUUAUCCGCACGCUAUUCGCCAUGCAAGAAGACCUCAUUGCCGUGGACCAGAAGAGGCUCACGGCUGAGGUCGAAACCACUACCAUCACAACCGCAGUUGGUGAUGUUACACUGGGGGCUAAGAACCACAACUUCAAAAGCCAGACCUUCAAGAUACCAACCAACUGCGACUUGUGUGGAGAUCGUAUCUGGGGCUUGAGCGCCAAGGGAUUCGACUGCCGGGACUGUGGUUACACGUGUCACAGUAAAUGCGAGAUGAAGGUGCCUGCGGAUUGUCCUGGCGAGCAGAAUAAGGAGGAGCGAAAGAAGCUCAAGGCUGAGCGCCAGGCCGCCACCAACAAGCUCCUUACACCCGACCCGGCGUCGAUGUCGAACGAGAGCCUAGCUCGAUCCAAUACCAUGAACUCGGUCAGCUCACAGUCCGCACGGCAGUCCGUCAUAUCUGGGCCACAGACGCCGUCAGAAGAUGCACCCUCUGAGGUUGCUCCCAAGGCGGCUGCGCCUGUUGCGGCUGCAAAGACUACCACUGCAGCUCCUGCGAAGAGGAACAGGGUAGUUGCACCGCCUCCCGCGGCGUAUAUCUCACAGCCACCAGCGGGUAGCACGAAUGGCAUUGUGGAAAAGGAAGAAAAGAAGGGCAAGAUGCUAUACGCGUUUGACGCCGGUGGCGAUGGAGAGCUGUCGGUAGCGGAAGGCAAGGAAGUGGUGGUGUUGGAAGCAGAUGACGGCUCCGGCUGGAUCAAGGUUCGCGAUGGCUACAAGGAGGGUCUUGUGCCGGCGACAUACAUAGACCUCAACAUUGCGCAAUCAACAUCCUCGGCCUCCGCCCGUCCAUCCUCCACCUAUUCCACGUCAACAACAUCAUCGUUGGCCCUCAGCGCCGCUUCACGGAAGAAGGGCCCUGCGGUGGCGCCCAAGCGAGGGGCCAAGAAGCUGCAAUAUGUGGAAGCUCUAUAUGACUACACCGCGCAGAGCGACGCAGAGCAUUCCAUGAAGGAGGGCGAGCGCUUCGUGUUGGUCAAAGAUGACUCUGGGGAUGGCUGGGCGGAGGUCGAAAAGGCCGGCGUGACGGCCAGUGUACCUGCCAACUAUAUCCAGGCUGUGUAGGGGAGACAGCGCUUGGUGAGGCGGGUAGGGGUGUGAAUUGCGGUGACUCCUUAUUUGUUUGGUUGUUGCCUUUACGAUGAAGGGAGAGGGGAAAACAGAAGAGGUGGAAACUUCAUGAUGAGAAACCCGAAGAGGCAGCUCACGAGAAGGUAGAAGGGAAAAGAAGCGAAAACGCUUAGUUUGUCAUUAGAGGAGGUCAGAAAGAACCCAGGGGGGCAACGAAACUUUUGGCCAUUGAACGAAACAAAAAGUAAUAGGGGGGAGCUCAUGCUAACAGCGGGGGAGGAGUUUGUAUAUAUAGAUGAUUACGAUGGCAGGCUAUGGAUGAUUCAAACGUCU